AUGAGAAAUCCCGGAAAACAGAUGACUAUAUACAAUAUAGCCGAGUGCGUAGGAUACGCAUAUGCAAAAUCAAUAACGCCAGUUAAUAUAACCUCUGCUUUUAAAAAAUGUGGUAUUUUCCCGUUCGACGCAGACGUUUUUAGCGAAAUUGACUUCAUGCCAUCUGCUGUUACUGAUAGAGACCAACCGGAAACGUCAUCUGCGAAAUUAAUGGCUGCACCUUCUGAACAAUUAAACGACAGAAAGAAUCUUGUUAGUCUAUCAUCAGAUAUUACCUGUGCUCAUAGUCCAAUACUGUUUGAGGAAAACCCUUCUGAAGAUGUUGGAGGUAAUAAUACUGGAAUCCGGAGUGCUGAAAGUCCAUCUUUAUUGGAAUCUACUACUCCUGAACACAUUAUGGCUCUUUUUGAAGCACAAAAUUCUCAAAGUCCAUCUUCAAUUAUGCACGAAGUUCUGAAAGAUACAGGCGACCGGACAUUUAAAUCACCUAAAGAAUUUAUGCUGCCCUUAAAAAGUGGACCACGAGCUGGACGUCGUAAGCCGAGAAAACUAGAAAAAAGCAUGAUUGCUACGGAUACGCCAGAAAAGAAUCAGAUAGCUGAAGAACGAAAAAAAACACGAGACAAGAAGUCUGCGGCAAGUGCAAUUAAACGACCUAUACUGCAAGACAAAAAUUUCGAAGAACCAAGGAAAAAGAAGAAAGCAAAGAAGGUUGUAAUUCCAUCAGAUCCUCAAACAAGUGAAGAGGAAAAUUUUGAGGUUAUAGAUUUGAGCGAGUCUGAUAUAAGUGGUAGAGAGGAUGAAGAUGAAGAUCUUGAUGCUGACAAUUUACCUAUGGUAAACGAAAACUUUCGAGAACUAGAAAGAAAGACUAAAUGUAAUGAUUACGUAUUGGUAUCAUUCAAUACUAAAAAGAUAAAAAUAUAUUAUGCUGCAGUAAUAACAGAAGUUUUGAAUUCUGAGACCUACGUAGCGUCUUUUAUGAGACUUAUAGUAAAAGAGGAUAUGAAAUGUAAAUACUACAUGCCAUUAGAACCGGAUUUUGCUGAAGUGAAUAUUACAGAUAUAAAAAUGAUUCUACCGCUACCAAAAAUAAAUGCCACAAAAACCCGAAACUCUACUUAUGUUUUCCCACUUCGCAUAUCACCAAAGUUAAAUUUGCAAUAG